UCCCUUAGUAGUAGUCUUGUCAUGAUAAACACAGUUUCCUGGGUUGUCAAAGUCAAUGAAAUUCGUUCACACUGCUUUUCCCUCACGCUGUUCAGCAUGGAAGAAAACUCUUCUUGGUUAUCUUCAUCAAACAUAAAAAUGCUUGAGAAACAUAUUAUCUGUGACGUCACACUUUCUGCUGGGAAUGGUAAUCAACCGAUCCAAUGUCAUAAAUGCAUCCUCGCGAGUCGCAGUCCUGUUUUUGAAGCCAUGUUCUGUGGGCCGCUUGCCGAAUCCAAACAAGUAAUCGAGAUCCCAGAUAUAGAGGAAUCGGUUCUGAGCUGCUUUGUCAGGUAUAUGUAUAGUGGUAUGGUUGAUCUCACCAACGACACAGUUAUGCACAUUUUGUAUGCGGCGAAGAAGUACGAUGUGUCUGAUUUAUAGACCAAGUGCAUAUCAUUCUUGUCGAAAAUCAUGUGUAACAAAAAUAUUAGCACCAAUUCAUACUUAAUCAGGCAAUUGAUUUUGACGAUUCGAUUCUGCAAAAUAUGUGUUUGACUUUCAUUGUGAGGCAGUCAGAUGGAGUUUUGAAAUCGGAUUCAUUUGUCGAAAUGUCUCGAUCGGCGCUAAAGGCAAUUUUAAUGUGCGAUACCUUUGGUGUCAGCGAAGGUCAACUUUUCCUUGCAUGCAAGCGAUGGGCUCAACACGAAUGCGAGACCUCUGGUCGGGAAAUGUCGGAUGAAAAUUUGCG